AACUUCUUGCAGUAACCUAUUGCUAUUCCUCCAUUCCGCUUCGCAUUCACUCGACAUCCGAGCGUGCCACCUUCUGCACGGAGUUACCUUGACGUUUUGCCGCGGACUUCAAUCAGUACAGAAGAGCUGUCAAGGAAAUGAACUAAACUCUUACUUUCAGUGGAGGAUCGCUAUGAUAUUACUGUUUGGUGUUUCUGUUAAGUGAUGUGUUAUUCUUUGUGCGAUGUUCUUCCAGAGGAUUCUUAUUUACCUAGUAGCAUGCAUGCUGGAUUUUUCUCAAGCUCAACAAUACAUCUUGGAUCCCAGACUACAGUUCCAACCACAAGAUGACUACUACACUCAAAACAAACCAAUCGAGUUCCAGCAACACUUUCCAGGAUUUUCAUCGUUCGAUCCAUAUUUGCCACAAAGGGAUCUACAAACAUCUGAUGUACCCGUUCACCUUCAGAAAACCUUACCUCAAUAUAGAUUCACUUCUAAGGAGCAGUUAACCAAAAACGAAUUACCUUACCAUAAUACUCUUCUAUUCAGGCCCGACCAUGAAAGGGUAUCUCAGAACGUAGCGCCUUCGACACAUAGACCGAAUUAUUCACAUUUUCUGUCUAAGAAUCAUCACGUGAAUCCAUCUGAGACUGAAACAUUCCUAGGCCAAGUCACACUAGAUAACUCUUUCGGAAGUUUGGACAACUUCUACAAGAAUCAUGACACCAGGAAUCGAAAAAUUGAAGAAGUGAAACCUAUACCUCCCAAAAUAUUGAGACAGCAUACUAGAAUACUGGCGCCUGAUCCAGAGGACAAACAGAAUCAACUGCAGGAAAACAAAUAUUUCGUUAACGAAAACGGUGAAGUCUUUUCGACAACAUCAACCGCACCAAAAAAUGUUUUCCCUCCAAGGCGACUUUCCACAAAAUUGGAAGUAGAAAGUGAAGAUCCUAAUUCACGGGAAUACCCGAGGAACAACAUCAUUAAUUAUGAUAAGUCAUCAUACUUGUCACGUUCUCAAGAUCAAGAUUUCAAUUCCGCGAAUAACUUCGACCUGACAGAUUACGACUAUGUCGAUGAAACGAAAAGUGUGACUACUCCAAAAUCUAUUAGAAGUACCACGUAUAGAUCUGCAGAUAUUUCAAAUAAAAGUGAAGAAAGAAAAAACGCAAAAGAAAGGAUAAAUAAAUCACUUAAGCCAGUUGACGAGAAAAAAGAAACUAUACAAAAGUUCAGUGAACCUGUAGUAUCUGUUGUAACAACAAAAAGUGUGAUAAAUAAUACCAUAAUCGCUACGCAAAUGCCACCUGUAACUUCUGAAAGUACCACGCAACCUCACUUCGAAAACUCCACUGACUCUUGGGUCGUUGUAGCAUCUGUACAAACCAGCAAAAGUAUAUCUGGAGCACACUAUCUUCCUUCUUCUGUAGUGGCUCAAGAAGAAAGAUUCGCCCUUCUGAACGAAAAAAACCACAGGGAAAGCCAAGAGGAAGAAGCCUCCACUGAAGAUUAUUCCAGUUAUGAAGAGUAUGACAACGAAAGUUCAACUGAGGAAAUAACAACCAUGACACCCAUGAAGCAUUCUACCGAAAGUUUAAUAGAUAAGUUGGACAGGGUACAAUCUGACCUAUCUAGCGGUCUAUUGACUGGAGGUUAUAAAAAUGAAGAUAAUAACAUAGCGGUCAUAACCGAGAAUAUGACUGACAAAAUCCAUAUGGCAGAAAUAACCGAAUCUCCAACAGAGGCGUCACAGCUCUUUCCAUCUAUUAGUAAAAGUAAUAUUCCAGUAAUCAAGAAGUUCUCAUCAAAAUCUCGACCGCCUACCUCUAGCUUAUACCCAAAAAGAAAACCUCAAAUACCUAAGAAAGCGAAUGUAACACAAAAGCCUAUCUCGACAACGAACGAGUCAGCUGUAAGUACUGAACCAAAGAUUAUUGUUGCUAAACCGGAUGCUUUUCUGCCUCCUGGAUACAAGGCCUCCUCAGAAAGGGAUAACAGCUCUGAUCUAGUGGCAGAAUUAUUGCGAAAAUUCAGGGAAAGCACGAAGAAAACAAAUGAGGAGAGUGAACAGAAAUCUGAUGAAAGUAAAUCAAUAAAUAGUACUUCUGCAGACACACCCCUUCAUAGAUUCGGGUCAUCACAACAAACAGCAGCCAAGAACUCGAAAAAUCUUGAGAGUGGUGAACAGAAUUCCACAUCGCCUUUCGAUUCCUUGUUGAAGAUCGCAAAGCCUGUCGAUAUACAUAACUUCCUUCCUCCUGGGUAUAAACCUCAGAAAGAAACAUCAUCAAAUCCCAUUGAGUUGGUAUCGCAAAAAACCAAGGACGAUUUAAGUGCCUUUCUCCCUUCAGGGAAUACACAGAAACCUAACGCUACAUCUGGUUCUUCUCUAGUAGAUGAAUUAUUGAAUAAAACGAAAAAAGAUGACAUCAGCGCUUUCCUACCCCCUGGUUUCAAGCUCCCGUCUGCUUCUACAAAGAAGCCAUCUGUAGAAGGAAUUUUAAAUAAAGCAAAAGAGGACGAUAUAAGUUCAUUUUUGCCUCCAGGUUUCAAAACACCAAGUGCUUCUGCAACAAAGAAACCAAACAAAAUCGACGACAUAUUACAAAAUUCUAAAGAAGAUGACAUCAGUGCUUUUCUACCACCAGGAUACAAAGCCAAGUCAACGCAAACCACUCCAAAAUCCAAUAUCGAUGAUAUAAUCGAAAAGUCCAAAAAGGAUGAUAUAAGUGCAUUCUUGCCGCCAGGUUUCAAACCAAGAUUCACAACUCGCAAACCAGUAUCAAAAGCGGUUAUUGAAACAGAAGAUUUGCCAACAAGUCUCUUGCCAAGUGGAUAUAAGCCUCGUAAAAAUGGAGCUCUCGAAAAUGACAAAAUGAUAUCGUCGACAGAGAAGACUAUCACACUAUCUAUGUCUACUACUACAGCUGCAACAACUACUAAAGGAAGCUUGAAGGUAGUUUUUCCAAGCAGGCCAGGUGGUAAAAGAAUAAACCAUAAACUCACAACUCCUAAACCUAGAGAAGAGCGAAAAGAAGUUACUCAGGCUGUAGCUCCUACGAUUCACAAAGGGUGGCCUACAAGAGCUACAACCGAGUUCACUGGUUGGCCGACACCAUCGACCACUCCAAUUUCGAUAGAAAAACUAUUGGAAUCUGUUCAAAGAGCCUCUCCAACUAGUUCGGAACCAGAAAACAUAACUACAACAUCCACAACUCAAACAACAGUAACAUCUACAACAACAACUCAGAAACCUACGACACCUGGAGUGUGUGAGGAGGAAUGUGAUCUCGUUGGUACCAUAAAAUUAGUUGAUGGGGUUAAAUGGGUACCAGAACUUUUAGAUAGAAAUACCAAAGAAUGGCAGAUUUUAGCUAAUGAAGUCCAAUCUCAGUUGGAGGAGGUAUACAGUAAAUCAGGAACUCUCAAUAGUUUGUUCAAGAAUUUAAGGAUUGAUGGAUUCAGCGAAGGAAGCGUUUUAGUGGAUUAUUUAGUUGAAAUGCAGAAUACAGAUAUGCAUAUAAGCACUUCACAAAUGAAAAAACUUUUCAAUGAGGCACUUGAAAGUACUUUAGUUAAAUCCACACUCCGAGAAGGAAAAGCAUUGAAUGAUACAGUAAAAUACGUGGAAAAAGCUAAACUAGGCAAAUUCAUCAUAGAUCCGAUGUACACAGAUUUCAUAGUUGUACCGAAACAAUUAGCUCCUACAGUAGGAUAUACGGAAGAUGAUCUUCUGUUGCCCCAAUGGGCUAUUGCUGUUAUUGUCAUAGGCUUGGCUUCUCUUCUUUUCGUCAUCAUAUUUGGAGUCACUGUUCUUGUGAAUCGAUCCAAAAAUGCUAAGAAGAAAAUGCCUACACCACUUACUGAUGAUAUGCUCAAUGAAUUGAAUAAGAAUCAUAUGGGAGGAUAUGAUAAUUAUGGAAUAGAAGAUCCCUAUAGCGUGGAAGCUGGUUUCUGGGAUCCCAGAAGAAUGGAUGCUCAUAGAGAUUACAAUAAAUUACCCAAAAAGGGUUCCUCUGGAUCAAUACAUGACAACAGUAUGACGAACCUAUACGACAGUUGGAAUUCUCAAAACAAUGGUUAUUACAAUAAUUCUGCAGGGAGUUAUUACGGUCAUCACACAGGACCUGGUAGCAGCCAUAGGUUAUACGAAAGAAGACGAUCAUACGACACGAAUUUUUAAAGAACUGACUUUUAUUCUUAGUCCAUUUAAAAUUAAUGGGUUGCAGAUUUUCGACAAAAUACACCAUUUGUAUAUAUAAAUUCGAAUAAUAGAGAGUAGAGAAGAAUAUAGUGUGACUGCAGUGAAGAAGAGACGUUUGAAAGAAUGAAUGUAUCGAUGUAAAUAAGUUUUAGUGUAUUUUAAAUAUCUGGUAAUAGAUCUUAAGCAAAUGUAGGUGUGCGAAUAUGAUAUAUUAUAAUAAUAUAUAGGUACAGAAAAAUGUGCUUCAAUUGAAAAUUGAUUCGAUUUAAUGUUUAUUAAGUUUGAGUAUCCCUGUCUUCCUUAAUAUUUGGAAAUCUGCAACUCGUCAUUAUCGAUUUAUAUUUGUUAGAGAAAAAUACUCCAAUAUUUAAUUUAAGAACGAAAUUUAUACAUGUAUAUUAUUUAAUAGUUUUCAAGGAUUAAACUAUUUUACCAUAAA